AUGCCUACCAGAGUCGGACUCAUCGGCCUCAGUUCCGUCACUGGCGAAAUUUCCGCCAGUCCAGGAGACAGCUGGGCCGCCAGCGCCCAUCUGCCCUAUCUUCUCGCCUCACUCCAUUACGAGAUAACCGCCCUGUGCAACUCCAGCAUCCCAUCCGCCCAAGCCGCUAUCAAACGCUACAACCUGCCCCCAACCACCAAAUCCUACGGCAGCCCCGAUGAUCUUGCACAGGACCCAGAUGUCGACCUUGUCGUCUGCUCCGUCCGAGUAGACAGGCACUACGCGCUCCUGAUGCCCUCUAUCAAGGCAGGCAAAGACGUCUUCGUCGAAUGGCCCCUGGCAUCCAACCUAAGUCAAGCCCAAGAGAUGCACGCCGCAGCCCAGAAGAGCGGAUCCAAAACCAUCGUCGGCCUGCAAUCCCGCUCCAGCCCCUUUAUCCGCAAGAUGAAGCAGCUCGUCGCGGAGAAGACCAUUGGUGAUGUACUCAGCUCGACCCUAACAUUCGAAAUGGGAUGGCCGGGUGAUGUCGAACCACCUGCCAACGACUUCAUGACCAAGAAAGAAAGCGGCGGGAGCUUCCUCAGUAUCAUUGUCGGACAUACGGCGGAUGCCGUGUUCCACGCAUUGGGCGGCCUGGAAGAGUGUUCCGCGCUAUUGACGACACGCUGGCCGGAGACGAAACUGCUCAAAGCAGAUGGCAGUUUCGAUCGCGUCGCCAAGCGCGAGACAUCCGAUCACGUCAUGCUCCAAGGCAUUCUCCUUAACAACUCCGCGCCCAUCUCUAUGGCCCUCCGACACGGAAAAACGUUCAAAGACACACCCGGUCUCACCUGGCGCGUUUUCGGCACGAAAGGCGAGAUCCGACUUACUUCUGCCACGAUGCUGAACACUUCUAUGGGCGGAGAGAAGAUCGAGGUGUACGAUCAUGAGAAGGAUAUUGUGGAGACGGUGGAGGCUGAGUAUGAAGAGGUGGUUAGGGAGUUGACGCCAAUGGCAAAGAAUGUGGGCAUGUUGUAUGAGGGUUUUGUUAAGGGGAAGAGUGUAGAGGAGGGAUUUGUGGAUUUUGGGGAGGCGGUGGAGUGGCAUGGGGUUAUUGAUCAGAUGGAGAAGGCUAGUGAGGGGAGGAAGUGGGUAAAGAUUGUGGGCUGA